AUGUGGGCUAAAUACCGAGGUGCAAAGCGUAUUUUUUCAAUUGAUUGUAUCGAAGAACGUUUGGCUAAAGCACGAUCGCAAGGUGCAGAAACAAUUGAUUUUUCUAAAGCUAACGUGAUCGAUACCAUGCAAAAACUGUUGCCCGGUGGUCCGGAUGUGUGUAUUGAUGCUGUUGGUUUUCGUUAUACAAAAGGUAUGAUCCAUACUGUACAACGUGCCGUCUUUCUCGAAACGGAUACACCAGAAAUCUUAGCCGAAGCAGUUGUUAUUGUUCGAAAAGGUGGAACUAUUGCUGUUGUCGGAGAUUAUUUUUACAAAUCUAACGCAUUUCCUAUCGGAACUUUCAUGGAGAAAGCUGUGACAAUGCGAGGUGGGCAGCUGUAUUGUCAAAGCUAUUGGCAUGACCUUCUGAAAAUUAUCGAAAAAGGAGAAGUUGAUCCAACUUUUAUUAUUACGCAUACAAUGGAUUUGUCACAAGCCCCUGAAGCUUACAAACAUUUCAAUGAUAAGUCAGAUGGAACAAUAAAAGUGGUACUGAAAACCGCUUUUGCUGCUGUUCAACAAGCAACAUCGGACCUUAACAAAACUGAACACUAA